AAGUGCUCAGAUUAUUUUGCAAUCUGAUUACGUAAUCCAAAUUACAUAUAACCCGUUACUACCCAACACUAGCAGUAGGCCUAAUGAUAUAAAAAUCUAAAUGCCAAAACCUUUAAUUACUGCUUCACAGGAGAAUAACUUAAUCAGACAAUAACAUUAUUUACAGUUCACUGUGCAGGAGGGAGCGCGCGCACGUGAAUGAGUGUGAAUGAGUGACGUAACACCACAGGAAACACCUCUCUGCUAUGAAGGGGGCAGUCUGACUGCGCACAGCAGACACCUCGAAACACUCAACUUACACACAGUUCUAACAGCUACACGUUCAGCUUGCAUCUAAAGACUGAACGCGACAGCAGACAGCAUCGAGAAAGUCUUUCUUCACGCUAGUCGCUCCGCGAAAGCCGAAACUCGCAAGUGCGCGAGAACAUGAACAGCCUCUUUCGUCUCGCGCAGCCCUGGACUCUUUCCCGCGGAUAAAUGAUGACUUGCUGCGCGCGAAUCCCACCAAAAACACCAGACACUUUCUCAAGCAUGCUCGCACGGUAUGCUUUUUCAUUCUGACGUGGAUGUACAUGCUUAAAUCCUCCCGUAUAUCCCUGGAUUUUUCAGCGGGGAGCAGAAAGUGGGCGUUUUUCUACAUUCACUGCUGCAACUUGCAGUUUCAAGUGCAAUAAGUUCAUUUUAAGGAAAGUGCGUCAUUUUAAGUACACACUUAUUGUUUUUUUUUUUUUUUUUUUUGGAAGAAGAAGAAUAUCAUCAGUCGCUGCAUAUGAAGCUCUUUGGCGCACACUCAUACUGAGGUAAUUUAGCGACAUAGAGGUCGAUAUGGCACAGGAGAGUGUGUACGAUAACCGCAGUAUAGUGGUGAAGUACAUCCACCAUAAGCUAUGGAAGAAGGGAUAUGUAUGGGAAGCGAAUGCCCAUGAUGACAGUGUCUCUAACGGACUGAGGACGGGGAUGCAGGAGGACAUCCGUCACGACCCGUGCACCGCGCUUCAUAAGGUGCUACGGGAGGCCGGGGAUGAGCUGGAGCGCUUAUAUCAGUCGGACUUUGCGGAGAUGUCCAAGCAGCUGCAUCUCACGUCCCUCACGGCGCACCAGCGCUUCACCGCAGUCAUAGACGAGCUGUUCAGGGACGGCGUGAACUGGGGCAGAAUUAUCGCGUUUUUCGAGUUUGGAGGGACCGUUUGUGUGGAAUGUAUGAAUAAGGAGAUGACGGCGCAUGUGGACAACAUUGCGGGCUGGAUGACGGAGUAUCUCAACGGCCCGCUGUACGCCUGGAUCCAGGAGAACGGAGGCUGGGUUUUGGCUCUCGAACAUUUCCUCCUAUUCUUUCAAAGGGACUUUCCUUGGGUUGUGGGCAUUUCGUACAAUAGGAGGUUUUGGACUGGAAUGUGUGUGAGCUGGAUCAAGUCGCUCUUCAAACGUUCAUCGUCGGAGUCCCGCUCUUCUUCUGAGGAAAAUGUGACCUCUUCAUCACUAUCCAGGAGCUUCCUCACCUGUGUAGCAUGCCAUCUUCCAAACACGCAUGAAAGAGGCAUUCGUGGAACUCUAUGGCAGACAGAGGGACUCGGUCUUCCGCAGCUCCUGGUCAUCAAUAGUAACAGUCUUUGGUCUGGCUGCUCUCGGGGCCGUUGGCCUGACCAUAGGGGCCUACCUUGCCCAGAAAUGAGGAACCUUCCCUUUCGUAAUCAUUUGCCCUCUCUCUCCUCCAUUCUCCUUUCUGCCUACACCCCCUCACCUCCUGUUUUCCCAGAAGACAUCCAUGUCCCAGGACUGCUCCUCUUCAAAGCUUCUCUCCUACUCCCUCAUAUUCUUUCUUCUCUGCUCUCAAACACAAAGACAGUAACAGCAGGAAAUGAACAUGCUGCUGACACUUCAUGAGAGGACAUUCACAGAAGAAGAAAAAAAGAUGAAAGAAACACAGGCAGCCAUAUCAUUGGCAGAAUAAGUUCAGAUCUCAAACGGAUUGGUCACAUGCAAUUGGUUCAUGGUCAUCUUUAGUGUAGCACAUACCGGACCUCGUGUACAUGUAUAAACAUGAAGAGUAUGGAAAAAUACAAGAAAGUGGAGAAACAUCUUGGGAGCAUGGUGGAGAUUUUGCAGGAGGUCGAUGGUGAUGAAAGUUUGGUUUGAAAGCUAAAUCCUAAUGAUACCAGCCCCACCCAAAUGUCCCUUUAUAAUCAGGUUGAUCAUUAGAGAUACAACUUAACACACUAUCAUUGAUCUGAUGUUUAUAACAUUGGUCUUAAUUAACCCUUACUUAAUCCAUAGGCCUUUCAGGAUAGCAUCACUUGAGUUUUUUGUCCUAUGUUCAAGUGCUUCCUAUUGACCCUUCACUAAGCUCCGCCCCCCUUGGUUAUCGUUGCUCGUUCUCACAAGCUCUGCAGAACUCCCCUUUGGAAUGAAUGGGAGACUGCUGUGAAGGACGUGGGAUUUGGCUAAAUAUUCUCAUAAACGGAAUGGAUAAUAUUUUUGCGUGGUCUGGUAUGAAGAGGGACAUUGUAAUGCAUAUUUAUCUGAAGUUUUUUGUAGAGAAGUUGUUAAAUUACAUAGUAAUUUGAUUAAAAACUGUGGAGACUGUGAAUCAGAAUCAAGGCAACUGAUUAUUACAGUCACUUAAAAAAAGAGAAAAACUUCACUUAAUAGUGAUUACUCAUCUAAUAACAUCAGCGUAAGUGAACAGAACUGUUCAUAACGUCUCAUAACACACUCAUUUUGAUGCUGUGAACUCUUUAUUUACUAUCACAUUUAUUAUGACCUGAAUCAAUACAUAAAUGAAUAAACGUUCAGUUAUUAGCUUUAAUUUAACUUGGGGCAAAUGCAGGUAUUGUUGCUGAUGUUAUAUGUUCAUUUGGGAAUGGGGGCUGACACAGUUUAAUCCAUAACAUGCUCUUCUCCAGAUUUUUUUAAAGAUUAUUUAAAAAAAUAUAAAGAAAACACUGCGGGUAUGCUCUUUGGGCAACUCGUCACCAUUGCAAAUGACCCGAAAACAUUUCUUUUUUUUACAUUAACAUUUCUUUGAUUAUUUUGAUAAAAUCCCACUUAAAAGUACUCAAACAUACAUUACUUCCAUAGGCUGUCAUUGGAAAAGAGCAAAUGUGUGUCAAAAUAAUGGCAUCAGAUGCUAUGACUUGAUUAGUCAGAAGCGCUUAUAAGGUGGGGCUUAGCGAAGGGUCAGUUGAAACUGGAAGUUUGGGUGUGACACAUAUUGAAGGGCUCGUCCCUUUAUAUAAAAAAAAAUAGCCAAUAGGCUUUAGUUUUAUAACAACCAGGAACAAUGAUUUGCUACUCUUUAGUCAGUUGCAAGUGGUAUUGGGGGGAGGGACAUUCUCUUCUAGACAGCAUAUGAUUAGACAAAAAUCUGUGAUGAGCCAACAAUAUUUUUGGUCCGUUAUCCUGAAAGAGAAAAACUCUACAUUUUAAAUGCGUAUAUAUUCUAAAAGUUCAUUUUAGCAGUACGCUAGCAUAAAGAUGACCUCACAGUUACCAGACAUGGAUUAAAAGCUAGUUUAAAAGCUAGCCAAUUUGUUAGGAUUUCAUGGGCUCUUUAAAGGAUUUUGUCCUGGUAAAGUGAAAUGCAGAGAAGAUGGAAUUAAUGGAAUGCAAUGUGCUGUAGUGCGCUCAGCUUACUGAUUCAGGAAGAGUUAUUUUAAAGUGCUUGGGGGUAGAGAGUAUGAAGAGAGCACAGAAUAGGAAAGUACCGGCAGAUUUCAGAUGUUGAGUGAGUCCAGGUUUGUGAGAGACACCAAAGAUGUAACCAAAUAGUCAAGAUUGGGGUGGACCAAAUGUAAAAGAACAAGAAUCGGUCACAUUGAUCGAUCCAUAUUAAUAAUCCGAUCGAUCACUAUUCUCAAUAUUGGGGGGACAUUAUUGCCUUGGAUAUCUUGGAAUCGUUCCACAGGUACAACUGAGCCAGUUUGAAGUCUUUUCGAACCUGUCCAGCAGACAGUAUGCAGAGUUCACACUAUACUCUUUAAUACAGUAGCUACACUCGUGCCCACUCUAGUGUUCAUCCAUGCACCAACAGAAACAGUUGUCCAGACUUGAGAUCUGGCUUUUUUUUAAUUAACAUUAUUGCAUUUAUUUACAAAGCAUCAUGUUCAGGGAUCAAGUGGAUCCAAACAAAUGGAUAAAUGGAAUGGAAAUCCCAACUAGAUUCCUUGGAUUUUGUGUUUACAUUUCCAUGGUGUCUGUUUCUGACACAGCAUGCUUGAACGAAAUCCUGCCACAAAAGUUCGGGAGGCAGGAAAUUAAAAGUUUUAGUGUUAAACCUAUGGACAUGAGCAACUUAUUAAAGUGUGUGCCAUGGAGCCAUCUUUGGUGCUUUUGCAUUGGUCGCUUUUAGAUUCACACAGAACCAAAAUGAAACUUCAGAAUCACAGAGGGACUUGCAAUAUACCUUGAAGGUGGGGGAUACUAAAUGUUUGCUCAAACUGAUCCGUUUAGGGCACCAUUAUUAGUAACCUCAGUGUCAUUGUAUGGGGUGCUAACAAACAUUUGUUAAAUAGAUGCCCUCGGUAACUCCUUUGAACUGCAUCCAUAACCAGUCAAUGUUCCGUGUUAUCCGGCCUUUAUGGAUGUAUGUUCAUGUCUAACAUGUGACAAUCUCUAAAAUGCAUACACAGUGUUUUAAUCAGUGGUUGAUGGAUGAAUUUAGAAAUCAACCUUGUCCAGCAAAGUAGAUGAAUAGGCUUGUUGUAGGCUGUACAUGUAUUUCCGUGUGUCUGUACUGUAGGUUUUGACAAGGUCAACAACAUCAUCAACAAAAGCAGUCACAAAGGACUGAACCUGUCUGUAAAAUGAGUUAGUGUCAUAAAUGGAUGCUGUUUGUCUUGUUUACAGCUACAAUUCUCUCUGACACUAACAUUUGCUGAAAUAUUUAUAAUACAGAUAGCUGUUUCAUUCUUGUUUCAUUUUUAUUUAUUUUAGGUACCAAUCAUUCAACUAGUUUCAAGAGAUCAUAUAGGGAUGAUUUCAUUGUGACGUUUUAAGCUUCUCUGAAAGAUUUGGAGCACAUAUUAGAUCCUAAUUUGCUGACUAAAUGCUGCUUAAAAAAUGUAAAGAUUAUAAAUUAUAUAAAUCAAUGUAAUUAACUGCUAGAUGUGCGGCGACUUGAUGAAUAUUAAUAUUUCAGUUCAUGUAGUCACUUCCAUUGUUACUGUAGAGGUAUGCCAAACCAUAUUUCUUUUUUGUUUUUUGUUUUCAUCAUGUAACAUCUUACAUCGUGGAUACCAUUGAUAUUCAUUCUAGUAUUGUGUUUUCACUAGUGAUAAAUCAAUUUUAACAUGUCAAAAUUGCAUUUUAAUAAUAUAUAUCUUUUGGGGAAAAUUUCCAAAGAAUUCUGAUGCUUUUAAGAGGUAGAAAUGUCCAUUUUAGAAGAAGUUUGCAAACAGGUUUCUCAUUGAACUUCACAUCUCUGUGCUGUUGUAUGGACGCAAACUUCAUCUCUAGCUUCGGUCAAUGGCGUUCAUUAUGGAUUUUAGGCGUCACUACUAACGUCCAGCUGUUUUAUUCUGAGCAUAACUGUAACUGACUUAACACGUAUUAUAUCUUUAGAGAAUUAUGUUUAAAUUGUGUCCAUUUAAUUCAUCCGUUAAUGUCUGUGAAUUAAAAUUCAGCUUUGACUUGACUUAUAUUCACUAAAGUUUGGUUUAAAAAUGGCAUGUUAAAAUUGAGUUCUUGCUUGAGGAAAUACGUCUUACAAACGUAUGUCUUUCAGUUUGAUGUUUGGAAAGCUAUGUAAUUUAUAUAAAUAUAUAGGUAACACUUUACAAUAAGGUUCCAUUUGUUAUCAUUAGUUAACAACAUUAGUUAACAUGAACUAACAAUGAACAAUAUGUAUUAAGCAUUUAUUAAUGUUAAUUAAAACAUAUACUAAUACAUUUUUAAAAUCAAAAGUUAUAUUAGUUAACAUGAGUUAAUGCACUAUGAACUAACAUUGAACAAUUGUAUUUUUAUUAACUAACUGUGAUGAGGAGGAGGGCGUGGCCGGGCUGUCAGGGUGGAGGUCUGCUGCUGAGUUACCCAGUCAGCGGGAGAGAGAUAAAGAGGAGCCAGGAACGCCAGUACAGGAGAGAGAGAGAGUUGCACUAUAGUGUGCAAUCUGCUUUGGGCUGAAAAGUCAACAGAGUGAGCAUUGCAUGGAGAUGUGUGUGUGUCUGCCGGCUUGUGUGUGUCAGAGCGCAUUGUGUAUGUUGUGUCUACGUGAACUGUGUGUUAAUUAAAGUCUUUGUGAUCUGUCCAGCCGGCUCCCGCUUCCUCCUUGAUAGGGAAGGCAGUGUAAUCUGCCACACUAACAUUAACUAAGAUUAGUAAACGCUGUAGAAAAUAUAUUGUUAAUUGUUUGUUCAUGAUACCUAAUGCAUUUACUAAUGUUAACAAAUGGAACCUUAUUGUAAAGUGUUACCGUAUAAGCUGUAUAGAUGGACUUUUCUUUGCACUAUUAUAUUUGAGUGCUUUGGAGAAAUAUAUAUUAGACUUUUAAAGAAUGCAUCAUUCAUUAGACUGUAUUUAACAUUAGCUGACAUAUUUCAUGAGCACUUUCUGGGGAACAUGUAUGUCUAAACAUUAAAGUCAACAUGAAACAAUGUUCGCAACCAAUUUUGAUUCCGUAAUGAUGGAAGUGUGUCUAAAAGGAUAUUCAAGUGGAGGCAGUCGGUCGACGUCCACUAAGAAUUAACAUCGCAGAGCACAUUAUUACAUCUUGAAGAAAGUAAAUGGUCCAUUUUGAUUUCAUGUUGACUUUAAACAUUAUAAGGUGAAAAGGACCACAACGUAAACUCUCACAAUGUACAGUACACACAAAAUAUGUUUCUGAAUGAUCCUGUAUUGCAUUGUUGUUACACCUGGAGCAAUUUCACGUUACAAGAAAAGCUGCUAUAUGUCAUAGCAAUGCACAGCAUACUGUUGCUGUGCUCACCGUGCCCUUGUGUAUGAUUGUGUCACUGCUUGAAUAAGCUACUAGUCCUUCUGUUCCUGCCAAACAAAUUAAGAUUCAAUAAAACGAAUUUAAGACCAA